GUGCACGCUGGUUAUUUCACUCUUUCUUUAAAGAUUGUUUGUUUUACAGACAAUGCAGUAAACAAUCAGUAAACUGCUAAUGCAGCGCAUAAAAAAUGCAAAUCUGCUCUCAGGCUUCCUCUUUUCACACCGGUUAUGGGUUCACCUCACGAGUAUCAAACAACAUCUGAGUGCAAAUGCAGCCGAGGGAAGCGCAAAGACUUGAAACAAAGCCUAUUAUAAGUAACAUGUCAAAAGGAGGAAGACAGAACGUUUUGACACAACACCCUUACAGUGUGUGUGCGUGUGUUCGAGAAAGAGAGAGAGAAGUGACACAGGAAGUCAGUGAGGUUGUGGUAAACAGACUCUACAUUCUCAUACCCAUUUGUGUCAACUGAAUGUGAUCACAGCGUGAUGCUUUGUGCUAAAAUGAGAAGACACUUCUGAAACCCCCAAAGAAAGCACCACGUCUCGAAAUCCUGUAGAGAGCAACUUUGCAAAGAAGCGGACACAAAAAAACAUGGGCAACAGUGGGGAGGAAAGAAAACUGCAUCAUAGACUUUCCCGAAUAGGAAGCAGAACGCAGAGAGAGCCGCCACGAGCACCUCCUCAAACAGACAAGCCUCCAACAGUGGUUCCUCCAAAACCAGCUGAGACUGCUCCAAAACUUCCAGAACCUGCACCAAAACCAGCUGUGAUCCCCCCAAAACCUCCAGUUGCUCAAAAGCCCGCUGCCCCGCCAAAGCCACAAAUACAAGUGUUCAACAGCACAGAACAUGGUACUGCCAUGCUCAAGGGGUUGGAUUGUUUUCGUGGUGAUGAGACUCUUUGCGAUGUGACUCUGGUGCCUGGUGACAGCAGUGAAACUUUCCCAGUCCACCGGGUCAUCAUGGCUUCGGCCAGUGACUACUUCAAGGCCAUGUUCACAGGUGGCAUGAGAGAGCAGGAGCUGAAGGAGAUUAAGCUCCAUGGCGUAAGCACAGUCGGCCUGAAGAACAUCAUCGAGUUCAUCUACACAUCUCGCUUGAGCCUGGGUCUCGGCACCCUUCAGGACACGCUAGAGGCGGCGAGCUUCCUCCAGGUGCUUCCCGUUCUCAGCUUCUGCAACCAGCUACUAAGCAGUGAGAUCACCAUAGAAAACUGCGUAGAAGUUGAGCGCAUUGCCAGGGAUCUUCUUCUAGAAGAUGUCCAAAAACACGUCCACACAUUUGUCUGUGAGAACUUCUCCGAACUGAUGCAGAGCGGCCGUCUCCUGCAGUUGUCCGAGGCGAGCAUAACGUAUGCCCUCUCCAGCGACUCUCUGAAGGGUUUCUCCGAAAUGGAGCUGUACCGCAUCGCUCGCUCCUGGCUGUCCCAUAAACCCGCUGAGCGACGUUCUGCUGUGUACUCUCUGAUGCGGCACAUCCGCUUCCCUCUGAUGACUCCUGCUGAACUUCUCCAGAUCUCUCAGGAGGACCAGACUGAAGAAGGAGCAGCAAGCAAUGGAAAAAAGGAAGGGGAGACGUUCAUGCGAUCAGACACGGCUUGUGUUAACCUCCUCCUGGAGGCCAGCAACUAUCAGAUGCUUCCUUUCCUCCAGCCGGCACUACAGACGGAACGGACCCGGAUUCGAUCCGAUUGCACUCACCUUGUGGUUCUGGGUGGUGUGAUGAGACAGCAACUGGUGGUCAGCAAAGAGCUCAAACUGUAUGAUGAAGAAGACGGAGGCACCUGGAGGUCCCUCCAACCUAUGGAAGUGCCACGUUACCAGCAUGGAGUGGCUCUUCUAGGGGGCUUCCUUUACAUCGUAGGAGGUCAGAGCACUUAUGACACCAAGGGUAAGACCGCUGUGGACAGUGCGUACAGGUACGAUCCUCGCUUUGACCGCUGGUUGCAGGUGGCCUCUCUGAAUGAGAAGAGGACGUUCUUCCAUCUAAGCGCUCUUAAGGGGAAGCUGUAUGCUGUUGGAGGGAGAAAUGCCACAGGGGAGAUUGAUUCGGUGGAGUGCUACAACUUGAACAAGAAUGAGUGGACUUUUGUUGCACCGAUGAAUGAACCUCACUAUGGACACGCUGGCACAGUACAUGGAGGUCUGAUGUUUGUGUCAGGUGGUAUCACAAGAGAUGCUUUCCAGAAAGAGCUGCUGUGUUAUGAACCCGAUAGAGACGUGUGGAGCAGGCGAGCAGACAUGAUGGAGCUUCGUGGUCUUCACUGCAUGUGCACCGUGGGCGACCGCCUCUAUGUCAUGGGUGGAAACCACUUCCGUGGGACAAAUGACUAUGAUGAUGUGCUAAGCUGUGAGUUCUACAGCCCUGCAACUGACCAGUGGACAGUGGUGGCUCCAAUGCCCAGGGGUCAGAGCGAUGUGGGGGUGGCUGUCUUUAAGGACCGCAUCUUCGUGGUGGGUGGUUACUCAUGGAACAGCAGGUGUAUGGUGGAUAUCGUGCAGUGUUAUGACCCUGAGAAAGAUGAGUGGGAGAAGGUCUUUAGUGUCCUGGAGCCUCUCGGAGGCAUACGGGCCUGCACUAUGACAGUUCAUUGCCCAAAAAAUUCAACAGAUGAGGCUGAAAUACAAGAGUGUCCUCUUUUAACAUCCAAAAGCUGAACAAAUGUUUUAAUAUUCCUAUUGGCCUUUAAAAUGUGAAAUUAGCUUCACAUUGCUAGUGAUGUGUAUUGCAGAAACAGGCUGAAUAGUUUGAUUACUGUAUGUGCCACUUUAGUAAUGUCUGAGCUGGGGUGAGGGAAAAUAAUUUGCUUGUAAAAAGCUGUUAGUGCAGCACUAAUUGGUUAAAUGUGUAUGACCUUGCUUAAAUGCUGUUGUUUUUUGUCUGAUGCCACAUAUGAUGGCCACAGUGCUUAAUAUUGCAUUUCUAAAUUAUUGUGUUCUAUGUGUAAUUUGCUUCAAUUAUUUUAAUAUACUUUGCAAAAAUGUUUUUUUUAAUCAAUUAAUUUGUGAUUGGUACCUUUUAUGUACAUUUCUCUUAACAAAAUGUGUACUGAUCCUCAUUCAAGAUAAACAAAUAAAUAAUAUUAAUUAA